AUGGAACAGCUAGCUCCGCGACCUCAACUGGAACCACUGAAACCACAAUUGCAGCCAUCGGCACAACCACAACCAGAUACUGAAACAAAAACACCAUCAUCUGCACAACCUCAACUGCCAUCUCAGCGGUCACCAGAUGUGCAGCCACAUCAUGAGGAGCAGAUAUGCUUAUCUCUGAAUGAAUCCAGGCCUCCUGGAAGUGAGCCAUUACCUAAGGGGAUUGUCGCCAACACUUCUGAUUUGCAAAUGCAGCCUCUAUGGGGUCGUCGUAAGAAAGUAAAUUCUACGACAAGCUUAUUUACUGCCUCCGUUGGUAUAAAACAGAAGGAAAUAGUGGAUAAAAUGGUCAGGAAGUUUUUAUCAAGUGAGUUCAGUGUGAUGCUUUUCCAUUAUGAUGGCAUUGUUGAUGCAUGGAAGGAUCUUGAAUGGGCGAACAACGUGGUACAUGUAUCUGCAGUUAAUCAAACAAAAUGGUGGUUUGCCAAGAGGUUUUUGCAUCCAGACAUAGUUACUGAGUACAAUUAUAUUUUUCUAUGGGAUGAAGAUCUUGGAGUUGACAAUUUUGACCCUGACCGAUAUGUUUCAAUUGUAAAAGAUGAGGGGCUUGAAAUCUCACAGCCGGCACUUGAUACAACAAGGUCAGAGGUACAUCAUACAAUUACUGCACGAUGGAACAACUCAACUGUUCACCGGAUAAGGCAUGAGAAGUUUGUGUUUAGGAGGGCUAAACCUAGCAGUAGCAAGCACGGAUGCAAUUCGACAAGUGAAUAUCCUCCUUGCACUGGGUGGAUAGAGUUGAUGGCUCCAGUCUUCUCCCAAGCUGCCUGGAGAUGUAUAUGGUAUAUGAUCCAGAGUGACUUGAACCAUGCUUGGGGACUAGAUAUACUUUUUGGCUAUUGUGCACAGGGAAAUAGAACCAAAAAUGUGGGGGUUGUGGAUGCUGAAUAUAUUGUUCACUAUGGUUUGCCAACCUUUGGGGAGACUCAAUACAAGGAAAAACACAAUUCUUCCGAGCCAGAUACUAGGCUGGAAGUGAGAAGGCAUUCAACUCACGAAUACAAGAUAUUCAAAAAGAGAUGGCAGGAAGCUGCUAAGGAGGAUGAAUCUUGGGUUGACCCAUACCCGAAUUCUUGGAACUAUAGCAUUAUCUAACAUUGAUCAAUUCACAAUCUUUUUCAUGCUGUAAAGAACAUUG